UGCGGUGCACUUUAUGUUUCAGCAUAGAUACCCUGCAUCUACUAGCUAACUGUCGGCGACCGAAGAGUUAAAGGGAGGAGACGAAGCGUGUCACGCCUCAUUGGGCAGAUUAUGUGCAGCAAACAAAAAGUGUGUAUGUGGGUGCCACUCAGUCAGUGUAUCGGCCCCAUCUGCACGCCUCUCUGCGCUCGCGAGUCAUAAGACGGUCGGCAACACUGUCACUUUCAACAGACGGGGAAAUGUACUGACUGCACGGACUUCAUCGGAGACGCUGAACACAUACUUGAAGAUAUAUUGACGGCAAUUGUGAAAUUUUGUGGAUUAUUUGAUCCUAGUACCAUGCAAAUGAUGGAGGAAUCCAGCUCUCAGAGACUGGGCUGGGAUGGCGACGCGAAAGCGAUGCAGCAGUGUUUAACGGAUAUAUUUACCAGCGUGUACACCACUUGUGACAUUCCGGAAAAUGCCAUUUUUGGCCCAUGUGUUCUGAGUCACACUUCACUGUAUGACAGCAUCGCCUUUAUCGCUCUCAAGUCCACAGAUAAACGAACGGCGCCUUACAUAUUCAGGGUGGACACCUCAGCUGCCAACAGCUCCUCAGAAGGCCUGAUGUGGCUGAGGCUGGUUCAGUCGGCGAGAGACAGAGACGAACAGAACCUAGAGGCCUAUGUGAAGAACGGCCAGCUUUUCUACAGGUCACUGAGGAGAAUAGAGAAAGACGAAGAGCUGCUGGUGUGGUAUGGCAAGGAUCUCAUUGAGCUGCUGCUGCUGAGCUCAGGCAGAAAUCAAGCCAAAAGUAAAGGAACGUCGCCCUAUUUGUGCCCAGACUGUAGCCAGCGUUUCCAGUUCGAAUUUCCCUUUUUGGCUCAUCUAAGAUUCCGCUGCACUAAGAGACUACAAAGCACGGCCAGCCCAGAGGAGGAGGCCACGGAUGCCAGUGACCAGGCUAGUCUACCUCCUGCCAGGUCCAGUCCCAAACUGGGCCGAUCUGAUGGCUUCUCCAAUCCCCAGGAAGGAAAGCCAUCCACAGACUUCCAUAAUCUAGCCAGGGAUUUGGAGAAAAACAGAACCAGUCCGCCGAGCGACAAAGAGGCCGAGAUCCUGAGCGAGAACUCUGGAAAGCGCAAGUUCUCUGACAUGGAGGACAGCAGGAACAGUGGAUUAUCUCGGCCUCCCAAGUCCAAAGAGGAGUUGGCCAACUCGGCGCAGCAGUACCGUGGAGCGUACGGUCUGGACGAGAGCAGGCGUGCUUUCUCGCCCUCUGUUUCAGAAUCGACGGAAACCAAGAGGAGCGCCUUCACCGAGGUCAAGAAGUCACCUCAGAGCUUGAAGCACAGCGGUAAAAACUCCAGCUCCAACUCGGAGAACAAGGAGGCUGGCCGGCCCAGCAACAACCCGGCUGAAAAGCACCUCAACAUCAGACAGGUUCUCAGCGAGACUCAGCCCCCGCAGUCCCGAAUGGAGACCUCGUCAAUUGGCAGCGCUUUCACUUCGGUGCUCCAGCAGGGUGGUGGAGGCUCGGAGAGAAAGAGUGCCUUUAGCCAGCCGUCUCGCACCUUCUCGCAGCUAUCACCUCUUGUCAUGGCACCCAAGCUUCUGCCGGCAGUUGACUGCCAUCCUGCGGUGGGCAACACCGUCUCAUCCCAUAGACUCUACCAGGCGGACCACCUCGCAGCGAAGCUCCAAGGCUCAGAACUAGGCAGCAACUGCCCCGUGCCGGGUGGCAUUGCGAAACAGAACCCUUUCCUAUACGCCACAGCCUUCUGGCCCAAGACCUCAGGCCCCAUCCAGCUGCAAAUGCCCUCUGCUCUCACGCUCCUGCCCCCCUCGUUUACUUCCCUGUGUCUGCCUGCCCAGAACUGGUGUGCCAAAUGCAAUGCCUCCUUCCGCAUGACCUCUGACCUGGUCUACCACAUGCGCUCGCAUCACAAAAAGGAGUUUGCCAUGGAACCUCUUAUUAAAAGAAGGAGAGAAGAAAAGUUAAAGUGUCCAAUCUGUAACGAGUCUUUCAGGGAGCGGCACCACCUUUCCCGGCACAUGACCUCUCACAACUGAAUUUUGGGGGAUUUAUUUGCUUUUCUGUCUUUCCUUCCUCCUUUCUUUUUUCUUGCAUUUUUUUUAAUCAGAAGGGAGUAAGGUUAAUCUGGAGGAGUAAUGCCAACACGUUUGCUGUCAUUUUCAAAAGACAUUACUGUUUAAAUGGUUUGAUUUCUUCAAAUGUCAUGUUUUGUGUAUGAAGAUGCAUUUUGACUUAAAAACCUAAAAUCUAUUUAUUAUAUGAAGCACUUAUUAUUUGAAAAAAGGGGACAAAAAUAAUGUAGGUGUACCUUGAAUUUUGUAUAUAUUAAUGUAUAAUGUAUAGAAAUCAAUUCAGAUGCAGAUCAUUUCAUUGAGUGUUAUUCAAUGACAUGUUAUGUCUAUAUGCAUAAGGAUAUCGAACAUUGGGAACAUGAUGUUGAAGUGUAUUUAAGAGUGCAUGUAAAUUAUAGUUAUUGGUAUAAGAUGCAGUCUAUUCGAAAUAAUGUAAAUACUUGUUUUGUUUGAAUACAAAGUGUAAUAUUUUGUGUCUGUGAGAAAUAGAUUCAGUGUUUGUUCCUUUUGCUGAAAUUUACUAUUUGAUAGUUUAUCUAAUCAUGUUGAAUGCUUUGAC